AUGGCGGAUAAUGCGGCAGAUGUAGCCGAAGACUAUCGGCAGGCCCUAGAGGACUUGACCGUAAACUCGCGGAUCGAAAUCGCUACAUUGACUAACAUCGCCCGGGAGAAUGCGAACCAUGGCCUGGAAAUUGCCGAGGUACUGCAAAAUCACAUCAAGAAGGUGCCACCCUCACGAACGUUACCAGCGCUCUAUGUGCUUGAUUCAGUGGUCAAAAACGUCCCGACACCUUAUGCGCUGUACUUCGGGCCCAAGCUCUACUCGAUAUUCAUGGGCGCCUACACCAAGGUGGACAACGCGACCAGACGGAAGAUGGACGAGAUGCUCAAGACAUGGAAGGAACCAGUACCUGGGUCUAUCUCGACCAAGCCAGUCUUCCCCAUCGAACAAGUACGGCCGAUCGAGAAUGCGCUGAUGGCUGCACGGAAUGCCGCAUUUGCUGCUCACCAAUCCAGCUUUCAGGGGCAACAGCAACUUCUCCGGGGCCGUGCGCCUGUUCCCAGCCGGGAUACGCCCACACCGCCGACCGCCAGACCAUAUCAACCUCCAUUACAGGGACAACCUCCUUUCCCGGGACCCAAUGGGCAAUAUCCGGAUGCGGUUCCGCAACAGCAGCCGUAUGCGAUACGACCCGCCAACGGCCCAGGUGUGAUUCCACAUCGUGCAACACCACAGCCGGUAGGAUCGCUUCCUCCGUACCAGGCGCCCGCGGCGCGGGAUGUCUAUGGCACUCCGCAACCAGGAAUAAGCGUAGACAAGUUGAAAGAUAAUAUCCAGCAACUUAUCGUUGCGGUGAAGGCGGAAUUUGCGCAAGAUCCACUUGAUACUAGUAAACAGACAAGACUGAAGGCGUUGCUGGACUUGCAAACCAUAAUCCAGAGCCAAGAAAUGCCUCAGGAUCAGUUGAUGAUCGUUAGAGAUCAGAUUGCAGAAAUUGCCGUAAACAUGCGCUCACAGCCGCAACCGCGUCCGGCAGUCACUGCUGCCCCUGGUGUUGCGGCUGCUACCGCACCUCACCCUGCACAUGCUGGUAUCCCCUACACUACUACUCCAACACCCCCGGUUGUUUCUCAGCAGCCGACCCCUGUUCCGCCGGCGGCCUUUGCAGCCGUCGCGGCGGCUUUGGGCCGUCCUCCGUCAGCUGCGGCGGCGCCUCCUCCGGCCGCGGGCGGAGGCGGAGUGUCGAUUGACUCGCUCUUCGGGAAGGGCGCUCUGGCUACCCUGAUCGCCGGAGCUGCUCGGAAGUCUGCCACACCGCAACAGAUUCCCACACCAACUCCCCCUCCUGCUGUUCCCCAGCCGGCACCAGCAGUAGUGCCUCUACGAUCACCACCUCCGCAGAGGCUUGUUGAGCCCGCCCAACCAGCGGGUGUUCCGUCAACGAAUCCGUCGGCUCUACUGGCUAUGUUGAGGCAGUCUGGUUUGAUCGGGCCUUCGGCGACUGAGCCUUCAGCUUCUGCUGUCCCUGGGCUUUCUCCCGCAGCUAGGUUCCCGCCAGCCGGGACGGCACAUCUGCCAGAUACCAGUCUGCAACUCAAACCUUCCUCGUUAAAGAUCUUCCGCCCGCAGCUGAUUGCUCAGCUGCAUGAGGAUCUUGGGCCGCCUUGUACGCAAUGCGGUAGGCGCUUUAAGACGGACGAUGAAGGCCGGCGCAAGAAGACGGCACACAUGGACUGGCACUUUAGGGUGCACCAACGCAUCACAGAGGCUGAGAAGCGCGGCCAGCAUAGGAGCUGGUAUGUCGAUGAACUGGACUGGAUCCGCUCUCGUGAGGCAAUCGACACGGAUUACGUCGCUCCGCAAGACCUUUCUUUUUCCUCACCCGAUUUCCCGCUAGACGGCAUCUCCGGCACAGCGGGUUCCAGUGCCGCCGCAGCAGCAGCCGGUGGCAGGGGCACUUCCUCCUCCCCAUCCGGCAAGUCCCAGCAGAGUCAGCAGCCGUACCUCGCCGUGCCAGAGGACUCGUCGCGCGUGAACAACACGUGCCCGAUCUGCCAGGAAAAGUUUGAGAUGAAGUGGCUGGACGAGGCGCAGGAGUGGGUGUGGACCGACGCGGUCAAGGUCGGCGACAGGGUGUACCACGGCUCGUGCCACCGCGAGGCUGCUGGGAGUAUGCAGCACAGGCCCACGCCGGAGAGGGUGCUUGGUAAGAGGAAGGCGGAGGAUGAUGCGGGAGGGCAGAGGGGGAAAUUGAAGGUAGAAGGGUAUUAG